AUGCUCCCCGCCACCCUCCUCUCCCUCGCCUCCCUCCUCCCCCUCCUCGCUCUCCCCGCCCACGCCGCCACCGACUCCCCUCCCGGCCCUCCCACCCAACGCUCCCACCCCCGCCACAACAGACACCGCCAGCUCGCCGCCAAGCGUGAUGCUGACGGCGUCGUCCUCGGGGGCUUCCAGGAGGUCGGCAACUCUGGUAUUAGUGCCCAGAUGCUUUUCUUGGGUACAGAGUCUACCGCCUACAUCCUCGACAAAUCUGAAAACAACUCAAUGACCGUCACCGACGACAGCGGCGUCACCCAUCCCGCUUGGGGUGUGUCUUACGACUUGGCAACCGAGACAGCGACCGCCAUGCAAGUCAACUCAAACACUUUCUGCGCAGCUGGCAUAUCAUUGGCCACUGGAGAAUGGGCAGUGUUUGGCGGUAACCAGGCAGUCACGUAUGAAGGUGUGGCCUUGGCAGACUCUUCAGCCGAUACCGUCGACCCCUACAAGGAUGCGUCUGGAGGUGCUGCUAUCCGACUGAUCAAACCAUGCGACGAUGGAUCAUGCAAGUGGCAAGAGGGCGGAGACGAUCUCACAAUGACGGGCAAUCGCUGGUACCCUACAGUCGAAAACCUCGGCGAUGGGUCCAUCAUUGUUAUUGGCGGAGAUGGUAACGGAGGUUACGUGUCGACCCAAAAACAAAACAAUCCCACCUACGAAUUUUACCCCAAGACCGACAACCAGUCUCACUACAUGGACUUCCUCAACUAUACUGUCCCCGUCAACCUUUUCCCUCUCACCUGGCUCUUGCCCGGUGGUAAACUCUUCAUGCAGGCUGCCUACAAGACCAUCUUGUACGACAUUGACGCCAAGGAGGAGACUCCUCUUCCCGACAUGCCUUAUUCCGUUCGAGUUUACCCCGCCUCCGCCGCCAACGCCAUGCUGCCUUUGACCCCUGCCAACAACUACUCUGCCAGUAUCCUCUUCUGUGGAGGUUCUGCCGCCCCUUUCAACCAAUCCAGCGAUGGUGGUGCCCAGUUCAACAUUACUGCUGUCAAGGCCGAUGACUCUUGUGUCAGGAUCAGCCCCGAGGACGACGACCCUCAGUACGAGGAUGACGACUCUAUGCUUGAGGGCAGGUCCAUGGGCCAGUUCGUCUACUUGCCUGACGGUACCAUGUGGAUGGGAAAUGGUGUUGGUAUGGGUACUGCGGGCUACGGUGACGAUGGUUACUCUAUCGGCCAGUCUUAUGGUCAAGACCCUCUCUACACCCCUGCCAUCUACGACCCCUCUGCCCCCCAGGGUAGUCGAUGGAGCCGUGACAACAUUGGAACUUCCAACCAGGAGCGAAUGUACCACUCCACUGCCAUCCUCCUCCCCGACUCUUCCCUCAUGGUCUCUGGCUCCAACCCCAACAAGGACGUCACCUUUGACCCUUGGCCCACGUCCUACUCUGUCGAGAGGUGGUACCCCUUCUGGUACAACGAGCAGCGACCCGAGCCCUCCACUUGGCCCACUUCGUUGACCUAUGGCGGCGACUACUUUAACGUCACUUACACUCCCACCGACUCUUCUUCCAGUGCCGACAACACCAAGGUCGUCGUCAUCCGAGGCGGUUUCUCUACCCACGCCAUGAACUUUGGCCAGAGGUUCCUCGAGCUCAACUCUACCUACACCAAGGACGAGUCUUCUGGAGAGGUCACCAUCCACGCCAGCCAGAUGCCUCCCAACGCCAACAUCUUCCCCCCUGGUCCUGCCAUGAUCUUUCUUGUCGUUGACGGUGUUCCUUCUACCGGCAAGAUCAUCAUGAUCGGCUCCGGUGCCAUCGAGACCCAGCCCAUCUCUGACGUGGCCGUUCUCCCCGUCACCUCUACUAUCACCGCGGCUUCUUCUUCCUCUGCUUCGUCCGACGCCACCGGUACCGCCUCUUCCGACUCUUCAGCCAACACUGCCAUCUCCAACAGCACCAGCAGCAACAGCUCUUCAUCCUCAUCUUCCGCCGCGCCAGCUGGUCUGCGCGCCGCUAGUUUUGGAUGUGUGGGUGUGGCUGUGUUUGCUGGCCUGUGCUUGCUGCUGUGA